AACGAGAAUCCCAACCGUGAUGGGGAGUGGGAAUAGACUCCCACCACGCUUUAGUCGAAACCUUUAUACAUGUUCUGUAGUCGAAACUCAAGCCACGUUUCAAAGCGGUCGACCAAGGCAUAAAGCCGGAGCACAGAUUUUUGUACAGCUGCAUGACUAUUGAGAGAAUUGAUUGGUUCAUUAGCACAUGCAUAAGGAAAUGGACCAAUCAAUUCUCUUAUGCAUAUGGUUAUACAGCUGUACAAAAGUCUGUGCUCCGACCUUUAGUAUAGAUACUAUAGAUACUAUAGAUACUAUAGAUAUAUCUAUACUCUGACCAAGGCCUACCCAUGCAGGCUUGAAUCAUUAGACUGUGAAUAUGUCCUGUGCUGUGAAUCUAUUGCAUCGACAGGAAACUCAUCGGCCUGAGCGUCUUAAAGAGUAAUACCUCGAAAGAAGGGGAGACUUUCUGAAAGUCCAAAUAGUGAAGAUUUAAUUUUCACGACGUAACAGUGAGAUUAGCCGAAAAUUCUAUAUUGGAGUGUGGCUCCACUUUACACGUGAACUUCGGCAACAUCGGAGCAAAAGAAGUUCAAGACGAAUGUUAUCUCGAUCGGCGCAGUUGUGUCUGAUUCUGUUAAUCUCGGAAGCUCGAAAAUCGUCGUCGACUAGAAUACAAUACACGAGUCGAUCUUACGCUGUUCCAGUAUCCAGUUGGACAAUCGAUUCAUGUAAACCACGUGUUGACAACGUGACUGAGUCUGUUAGCCACUGGGUUCAGUGCUGACGUGAUACGAUUAGUCCUUGAAUUCGUGAUACUGCGAUUUUCAAGAAUCUGGAAUUUGAAGGCUGUUAAGGAAGAAGAAAAGAUAAGACGCAAGACGUAAUAAUACAGCUAGAAUAUAAUAUAAGUAUAUAUUUUAUAUACGAGUGUGUAUAUAGUUCAACGUAUGUAUUACAUAUAUCUAUAAAUAAUACGUGAUACACUCGGGCUGUGAAAGUUUAUGUUAAUAAUGUGAAAAAGAAAACAAGAAAAAGGAAAACUAUUGCUCCUCAAGUGAACAUAUUUGAAAGAAACUUACGUAUAUUCCGAAAAAGCUUUUUAGACAGCUUUUUCAGAUCCUUAAAGAAUCAUCAGGAGUUAUUUCUAAGUACUCUAAAUAGAAUAUGAAAAUUAUUAUAUUUGAAUAUAUGAAAAUAUUUUAUAACAUAAUGUACACAUUCCUCUAUUAACUAUUGCAUUUUUGAAUAUUUUGAUUCAUAUAUUUUCUAAAGAUUGUUCCUUUUUCUUCACUUUUUUUAGAUAUAAAAUCAAUUAAUAUUUAGCUACAUGUUGGAAUUAUGUGAUUAGUCGCAAAAAUAACUUGCUUUAUUAACUGUUUCUAUUAUCAUGCGAUAAAUAAUAUAGCAAUAACGAAAACAAUUCUUGAGACAAGUAGAUUUAUUAAAAAAUUUUAAUAAAUUAUUGCAAGAUAUUAGAAAUGCUUCACACAAAUAAAAUGGUCAUUUAAGGAAAGAGUUUAAGAAAAAAAAAUUGCAAAAUGAGUUCAAACACUAGAAAACGGAAACGUUCUCGUACAGACACAAAUGAUAUAGUAACAAAGAAUCUGCGCAUAGAUUUAAAUAAUAAAAGUAAAAAUUUAGGAUUACUUAGUGAUUUACAAGAUGAAUCUAGACAGGAUAAAUUGUAUACAGAUUAUCAUACUCAACACCACAGAAAUCACUCUUCUAGUCACUUGAUCAAACUUAUGUAUCAAUUAAAUUUGUCAGUACUUUGCUCGCAUAGAAAAUUUAUGUAUGAACAUACAUACCCUUCGUUAUCAGUAACGUUUGAAGAUUCUGAAAUUGAUAAAUUUAAUAAUAUUGUUCUUCGCUAUAAAAAUAAGUCAAUUCACAUAAAAAUUGAAUAUGUAGACAAAUACUAUACAGAAAAUAGCAUUAGUUACAGCAAAUUAUUUUCUAAAACAGGAUACAACUCCUUAAUUAAUAGAUAUUUCAACGUUUUUGCUAGAUGUAUAUUUAAAACAGAUAUUUUAACAAAUGUAGAAUAUCUCGUUAUCUAUACUAAUUCAACAUUGAAUCUUACAAAAGAAAAAACUUUUGAAAUAGAAAGAUCUAAAAAUUUUUAUCCUUUUAAAUUUGAUAAUAUACAAAUUGAAGGAUGUGAUAUUUUAAAAGAUUUUCUAUGUACAAAUGAUAAUAGACAAGAGCAUGAAUUUUAUCGGUUUUCACAAGAUGAAACAACAAGGGAAAAGCUAUUAAUGCAGUUGGAAUUUUUUUCUUAUACUAAGAAAAUACUACAGAAUGGAGAAUUUACUGAAAAACUUGAAGAAAGGAUAAAAGAAGCAUUUUUAGACAAAUUAGUUUUUGCAGUUAAUCAGCCCAGCAGAGAAAAACUGAGUAGCAUUGUAAAAAUUGAAAUAGAAAAGAAUGAUAAACAUCUAGACGAUUACAUAGCACUACAAGAAAAAAUAUUAUGUGACUUAAAAGCUUUAUACAGGAAUAAAAAAUGUGUGGUUGAUGUAUAUGGAAUUAUAUAUCAGUUUAAUUUAUUAAUGAACUUCUUGCAUGAUAUAUUUGUGCAUAAAAAUGUAUUUUCCGUAAACUUUGGAAAAAAUGAUAACAGCGUUACUAUCUAUCAUCAAAAUAAAAUUUCUUAUUUGUAUGUUCAUAACGCAGAUGUUACUAUAAACAGUAAUCAGUUGUUUUCCUUCAAACAGAAAGAAAAUAUGUUCUGUAUUAAUAAAUAUUUUACACUAUAUAUUGAAGAACUUAGUGAAGAUAUAGAAUAUUUGAUUCUCUACACAAAUGCAGAGUUAGAUCUCACAAAAGAAAAGAGGUUAAAAAUAAGGCUAUCUAACGAUUUUUAUACUUUAAAAUUUGAUAGUAUAAAUAUUUGUGAGGAAAAAUAUAGAGUUUUAAGAUAUUGUUCGUGUAUGAACAAAAAUGAACUUUAUCAAUUCUCGGAAGAAAUAACACGAGAGAAGAUAAUAAAUAUGUUAGAGCUGCCGCCUUCCUUGCAAAAAGAGAAAGAAGAGGGACGACUUUCUAAUGAGAAUGAAAGAGAAAAAAAGGAAAAAUUUUUAGAUAAAUUGAUAUUUGCGGUUAAUCAACCAGAUAAAAGAAGAUUAAAUACUCUUAUUAGAAAUAAGAUAACUAAGUUAAACAAUGACCCAUACAGCUAUGAAGAAUUACAUGAAAUAACAUUACGUUGGAUAGAGUCCGAUGAACUCGGUCCUCUUACACAAAACAUAAUAGAAAAGCUUCUUGAAGAAAUAAAAAGUAAUAAAUCCAGUUGUCAAACAGCUUCAAGUAAACACAUUAAUAAUGAAAUUAAAUUUGCUAAACCUAUUAUUGGUAAUGCGGGAACAUCUGCACUUAAUAAAUUUUUAGAUUUUUUAAUUAAAAAGGAAGGACUAAAAUAUCUAACAGUUUUGAAAACGGAAAGAAUAAACCUAACUAAUGUGUCCAGUAUUAUAAGCAGAUCAGGAGCUAAUGCUGCAACAAGUUUCAGAGACUUAUAUAAUUUGUGGUUUGAUGAACAAGAACAUAAAACAAAGUAUUUAAAAUGUCUAGAGAAAGAAGGAAUAAAUUUAAAUACUGUGUCCAGUAUUUUAAAUGGAUCAGGCGCUAAAGGUCACAAAGCAUUCAAAGACUUAUGUGAUCUGUGGUUUGAUGAAGGAGGACAUAAAACGAAAUAUUUAAAGACAUUAGAGAAAGAAGGAAUAAAUCUAGCUAAUGUGUCUAGUAUUCUACAUAAAGCAGGCCCUAAAGCUCCUAUAGCAUUCAAAGAUUUAUAUGAUCUGUGGUUUGAUGAAGAAGGACACAAAACAAAAUAUAUAAAAUCUCUAGAGGAAGAAGGAAUAAAUCUAACAAAUGUGUCGAGUAUUUUAUGUGGAUCAGGAGCUAACGCUGCAUUAGCUUUCAAACACUCAUAUGACCUGUGGUUUGAUGAAAAAGGACAGAAAACAAAAUAUUUAAUAUCUCUAGAGGAAGAAGAAAUAAAUCUAGCACAUGUAACCAGUAUUUUAAGUGGAUCAGGCGCUAAAGCUUCUAAAGCAUUUAAAGACUUAUACGAUCUGUGGUUUGAUGAGGAAGGAUAUAAAACACAAUAUUUAAUAUCUUUAGAGCAAGAAGGAAUAAAUCUAGCUAAUGUUUCCAGUAUUUUAAGUAGAGCAGGAUCUAGUGCUGCAACAGCUUUCAAAGACUUAUAUGACCUGUGGUUUGAUGAAAAAAAACAUAAAACAAAAUAUUUAAUGUCUCUAGAGGAAAAAGGAAUAAAUCUAGCUAAUGUUUCCAGUAUUUUAAGUGGGUCAGGCGCUAAAGCUCCUAAAACAUUUAAAGACUUAUAUGACCUGUGGUUUCAUAAAGAAGGACAUAAAACAAAGUAUUUAAAAACUCUAGAGAAAGAAGAAGUAAACCUAACUAUUAUGUCCAGCAUUUUAAAUAGAGCAGGAGUUAAUGCAGCAACAGCUUUUAAAAAUUUAUAUAAUCUCUGGUUUGAUGUAGAAGGACAUAAAACGUUAUAUUUAAAAUCUUUAGAGGAAGAAGGAAUAAAUUUAGCUAGUGUGGCCGGUAUUUUAAAUGGAGCAGGAACUAAAGCUGCAACAGCUUUUAAAGACUUAUAUCAUCUGUGGUUUGAUGAAAACGGACAUAAAACGAAAUAUUUAAAAUCUCUAGAGAAAGAAGGUAUAUUUCUAGCCAAUGUAUCCAGUAUUUUACAUGGAUCAGGCACUAAAGCUCCGAAAGCAUUCAAAGAGUUAUAUGAUUUGUGGUUUGAUAAAAACGGACAGAAAACUAGGUAUUUAAAAAUUUUAGAAAAGGAAGGUAUAAAUCUCGAUAAUGUGUCCAGCAUUUUAAAUGGAUCAAGUGCUAAAGCUCCUAAAGCGUUCAAAGACUUAUGUCAUCUGUGGUUUGAUGAAAAAGGAAAUAAAACAAAAUAUUUAAAAACUUUAGAAAAGGAAGGUAUAAAUCUAGCUAAUGUGUCUAGUAUUUUAAGUGGAUCAGGUGCUAAAUCUUCUGCAGCAUUCAAAGACUUUUAUGAUUUGUGGUUUAACGAAAAAGGACGUAAAACGAAAUAUUUAAAAUCUCUAGAGAAAGAAGAAAUAAAUUUAGCUAAUGUGUCCGGUAUUUUAAAUGGAUCUGGUGCUAAAGCUUCUAAAGCAUUCAAAGAGUUAUACGAUCUAUGGUUUGAUAAAAAAGGACGUAAAACAAAAUAUUUAAAAUCAUUAGAUGAAGAGAAAAUAGAUCUAGGUAAUGUGUCUAGUAUCUUAAAUAGAUCUGGUGCUAAAGCUACUAAAGCUUUUAAGGACUUAUAUGAUUUAUGGUUUGAUCAAAAAGGACGUAAAACAAAAUAUUUAAAAUCACUAAAGAAAGAGAAAAUAAGUUUAACUAAUGUUUCCUGUAUUUUAAAUGGAUCAGGCCCUAAUGCUCCUAAAGCAUUCCAAGACUUAUACGAUCUGUGGUUUGAUAAAGAAGGGAAUGUGACACCAUAUUUAAUCUCCGGAGGUCACAGUAAGUCAAUUUAACCAUUGUGUAUCUUUCGAAAGUUAAGUACUGUAUUUUAUUCCACAUCAAUUCUCAAAUAACUCGUUUAAAAACAAACAGUGUGUUGAGAUUGAAAAGAUUGUGAUAUUAAGUUUAAAUAUUGCAAAAUGUAUUCUCUUUAUAAAAAACUAACAAUUAAAUUACACUUACAUUGUGUUAAAAACAUUUUUUUAGAUAUAAGUCUUCAAAAUUACGUUUUGCCUAAAAUAAUUGUAAGCUUUCUAAUAUCUUUGCAUAAAGUUUACAGUAAUAAUUUUGAAAUAUGUUACUUUAAAAUAAUAAUAUUUUCCUAGUUAACAUUUUAAAAAAUGUAUUUAUUUUGCAUAUAGAAUGUUGACAAUUUUUCGAGAAAAGAUUACGUUUAUAUAAAAAAAUUUAAUUUAUUAUGUAAAAACCAGUAUAAAAGUAACUUUUCUUAGUCUCAAAUGGUAUUAAAAUAAAAAAAAAAAUAUAAUUUUGCAAGUUUAUUUUAAUUCGUUGUAAUUAUCACAUAAAUAAAUGCGAUAAGUGUCGUACAUCGGCAAUAAAAGAAACAUUGAUACUUGGUUCCACGAUUUUUUAUAUAAUAUCGCACAGCAACCUUCUUUGCUAAUAAAAGCCUUUCUACUUCUUGUGCAGGAUUAGACAAUUAAUCUAUAAAUAAUUAAUUUUUUAAGUGAACUAAAUAUUUUAAGUUGAAUAACAAUGAUAAUACAGAAAUAAAUUAUUGUAUUUCACAAUAAACUGUAAAUUAUAAAAACCAUUGUAAAUCUGCAGCUCGCAUAUUUUUAAAUAGUAAAAGGCCAAAAACGAGCGUGUAAUUAGAUAUUAAUAUAAUGAAUUUAUUUUGUAUUAAACAGAGAGAGAGAGAGAGAGAGAGAGAGAGAGAGAGAGAGAGAGCAAGAUGAAAUGUUUUGACGUAUUUAGUUUCUCUCAGCCGUUCUCAACCAAUAAUAAAUGUUCAAAUGCAUAUCAAUGUCAAACGAUUAAGUUAACACGUAAAAUUAAAUUACGUCUCAAACGAAUUCAUAAAUAACUCUAAUUACAUCUGUUUUUUUAACCUUUUACAUUUACUAAAUUAUAAAUAGUAUCUAGCUUUAAGUUGAAAUUGUAUAUUUUUUAAAAAUUAUGUAAACAUUUUUACAAAUUAUAUAUUUUUAUAAUAAAUGAUGUAUAUCCAUAUGAUGUGUAAAAUAUUAAGAAAUUGUAUUUUUAUACAGUGUAAAAUAUAAAAAAAUUGUAUUCUUAUUUUAUAAAAAAAUAUAUAAAAGAAUUUUUGAUGAAGCAUUUAUUCUGUAAA